AUGGGAUCCACUUAUCCGAAGACCGGACAAACGGUUGUCGUACACUAUACAGGAACUCUUUCCGAUGGCUCGAAAGGAGAAGUGAUCAAAGGCUGGGACGUCGGCGUCGCACAGAUGUCUGUUGGCCAGAGGGCGAGACUGAUCUGUUCGCCGGACUUUGCGUACGGCAGUAAAGGCCAUCCCGGUGUUAUACCGGCCAACGCUACGCUCACUUUCGACGUGGAGCUCAUCAAACUAGAGUGAAAUACAGCACAAUAACAGCCCUCUAUCUCUCCCCAUAACCCCUUCCCGUCCACUAAAAUUAAUUAUAAUAAUAA